UGAUACCUCCUCCUCCCUUCCCCUGCGCUGCUGCCAGUCUGCCACCCUGAACCGAGCUAGGCAUCGUACCCGAAACAAUCCAGCGAGCCGCACCCACGGGAAACGAUGGCGUUUCCCCGGCGGGCGGGCGAAGGGGCGCGCACCGCGAAGGGGCAAAUCCUUGUCCACCCUCCCGUCAUCCCGCGCCGACCACCUCCCACCCAAACCGCUCCAUAAAAACGCGCCGAGCGCGCGCGUUUGCUCCCACCCCAAGCCAAUCCGACUCGGACACCCCCCCCCCCCCCCCCCCCCCCGCUGCCCGAUAGCCAAGAAUAGAGGCACGAGGAAAAGGUUGAGUGGGGAGCCCGAUCCGUGAUUCAUCGCGCGUGCGCUGCCGGAUUCGGGGCUCUCCCCGUAAACCCCGGAGGGUUUAUCUCCGCCGCCGGCUGCGGCGGCGGGGGCCAGCCAAUGGCGGGGUGGGGGUCGUCCAGGGUGGCGGCGUGCGGGCCGUGGGGCUGCGGCGGCGGGGGCGUGGCGCUGGAGAGGGAGCUGUCGCGGGACGGCAGCCACUACAGCAUCUCCAGCGGCAUCCUGCCGUCGCUCGGCGCGCGGAGCAACCGCCGCGUCAAGCUCCGCCCGUUCAUCGUCUCGCCCUACGACCGCCGAUACAGAUGCUGGGAGACUUUUCUCAUAGUUCUUGUGAUCUACUCUGCGUGGAUCUCCCCAUUUGAAUUUGGCUUCAUUCGGAAACCGACGGGCGGUCUAGCUGCAGUGGACAAUGUCGUGAAUGCGUUCUUUGCAAUUGACAUCAUCCUGACCUUCUUUGUAGCUUACUUGGAUAGAAUGACAUAUUUGCUUGAAGAUGAUCCAAAGAGGAUAGCUUGGCGGUAUACUACUAGUUGGUUUGUUCUUGACGUGGCCUCCACCAUCCCAUCAGAAAUCGCUUGGAUGAUACUACCUCCAAACCUUAGGUCAUAUGGAUUUUUCAACAUGCUUCGUCUAUGGCGUCUCCGUAGAGUCAGCUCUCUCUUUGCUCGAUUGGAGAAAGAUAGACACUUCAAUUACUUCUGGGUUCGAUGCGCAAAGCUCAUCUGUGUCACACUUUUUGCUGUUCACUGUUCAGCGUGCUUCUACUAUCUUCUGGCUGAUAGGUAUCCAGACCCAACAGAUACAUGGAUUGGCACUUCAAUGCCAGAUUUUCACCAGCGGAGCUUGUGGAUUCGCUACGUAACAUCAAUGUAUUGGUCAAUCACUACUCUUACCACUGUGGGUUAUGGUGAUUUUCAUGCGGAGAACACAAGGGAAAUGAUCUUCAACAUUUUCUACAUGCUAUUUAACCUUGGAUUGACUGCUUAUUUAAUCGGAAACAUGACGAAUCUGGUUGUCCAUGGCACCAGCCGUACACGAAAAUAUAGAGAUACAAUUCAAGCAGCAAGCAGCUUUGCACUAAGGAAUCAACUCCCACAUCGCCUGCAAGAUCAGAUGAUCUCACAUCUUAGCUUAAAGUUCAGAACAGAUUCCGAAGGUCUUCAACAACAAGAGACCCUUGAUGCGCUGCCUAAGGCUAUUAGAUCCAGCAUUUCCCACCAUCUGUUUCUUACUCUGGUCCAAAAGGUUUACAUGUUUGAAGGGGUGUCGAAUGAUCUGAUUUCUCAACUGGUUUCUGAGAUGAAAGCUGAAUAUUUUCCACCUAGGGAAGAUGUGAUUCUGCAGAAUGAAGCCCCCACUGACUUCUACAUUUUUGUUUCUGGUAGCGCGGAAUUAAUAGAGCUGCAAAAUGGCGCAGAACAGGUGGCUGGAGUGGCUAAGUCAGGAGAUGUUGUUGGAGAAAUCGGGGUUCUUUGCUAUAGGCCUCAACUAUUCACAGUUCGAACAAAAUCCUUAUGCCAGCUUCUGCGCAUGAAUCGCACUGCCUUUCUCAGCAUUGUUCAAUCCAAUGUUGGAGAUGGGACUAUAAUAAUGAACAACCUAAUUCAGGUGCAGUUACUAAAAGAGCAGAAAGAAAACAGUGUAAUGGUUGGCGUUCUGAAGGAGAUCGAAAACAUGCUGUCAAGGGGUCGUCUAGAUUUGCCAAUUACCCUCUGUUUUGCAGUAACUAGAGGAGAUGACUUUCUAUUGCAUCAACUUCUUAAGCGUGGUUUGGAUCCAAACGAAUCAGAUAACAAUGGGCAUACGGCACUGCAUAUAGCUGCCUCCAAAGGAAAUGAGCAAUGUAUCAGGCUUCUGUUAGACUAUGGAGCGGAUCCAAAUGCCAGGGACUCCGAAGGUAAGGUUCCGCUAUGGGAGGCUCUGUGUGAGAAGCAUGAUGCAGUUGUGCAGUUGUUAGUAGAGAGUGGUGCGGAUCUAUCAUCGGGAGACACGGCCUUGUAUGCUUGCAUUGCCGUUGAAGAAAAUAACACUGAGCUGCUUGGGGACAUAAUCCGUUAUGGUGGUGACGUAAACAGAUCACUGAAAGAUGGAACCACUCCGCUGCAUCGUGCUGUCUGCGAUGGAAACGUUCAGAUGGUUGAGUUCUUGCUCGAACACGGGGCUGACAUUGACAAGCUGGACAACAAUGGCUGGACACCAAGAGCUCUAGCUGACCAACAAGGCCACGAGGACAUACUACUCCUUUUUAAAUCACGGAAAGCACCAAAGCGGAACGCCUCGCGUGGAAGGGUGGCACCUAUGUUGAUUGGGAGGUUCAACAGUGAGCCUUCAAUGAAAAAUAUAGACCAUGAAGAUACUAAGGCACCUAACAAAGUUCUUCCACAGAAGCUCCUCAGGAGGGUCAGUUUUCAGAAGUCUCUUUUCGGUGUCAUUUCAUCUCACGCACACCGGGACACUGGUAGUCUGCUCUCAAGAGGCCUUGCAGCAACAGGUGGCCCGAAUCGCCAUCACAACUCACUCAUCAGGGUGACAAUCAGAUGCCCCGAAAAGGGUAACACCACCGGGAAGCUCGUGCUCCUACCGAAGUCAAUGAAGGAGCUUCUUGAACUAGGCGCAAAGAAGUUUGACUUCAUGCCUACCAGGGUCCUGACAAUUGAGGGUGCUGAGGUCGAUGCGGUGGAACUUAUCAGAGACGGUGAUCAUCUUUCUCUCGUCAGUGAUGACUGGGUGCCAGAUGUUGCGCAAAUAAGACUUUAAAAUAAGUGAGAGAAUUGUGUUUUUUUUAUCUUUUACUGCAGUUACACAAUUGGGGAAGAUAGGCGUGUCACAAGCAGAUGAUUGGAAGUACAUUACUUCGCCAAUUGUGUAACUGCAGUAAAAGAUAAAAAAACACAAUUCUUUCACAAUGAGAAAUGGCGAAAUGAAGCGUGCCCACCUUGUAAAUGAAUGUAUAGACAUGAUAGUUUUGAAGCUACAGGAUGUAUCCAGCUUGGAAAUUGUAGUCAGGUAUAUUACGUCUUUUUUUCUCAAGAAAAAGGGUCCAAGAAAAUGUAAUUAGUGUUAUCCAGCUUGAGGUUGUGUUGUGUUUUACAUGA